AUUGUUUAGAACACAUGGUAUACCCCUAUCAUUUAGUGGAAUCACAUUGAGGAGGUUAUGUAAGUUUGUCUGCUGCUGAGUUAUGUCCUACUGUUAAGGUGUUGUGAUGAAGGACCAUCUACACUUAAACCCUCGGUGUUUGUUCUUUGGAGCUGCUUGAAGGGAACUGGUGAUGUAUAAUAUUUACGGAGGUAGCUUUCAGAACAUAGGCCUUUUGCUGCUGCCAAAUUCACACCAGAUUGGAAAAAUCUUCAAUGAUCUUGGCCACUAUGUCUAAAAUCUAGUGCAAAGCCUCACCCAAUGAAUGUUCAUCAAGGAUAUCUAACUGAAACUUUGGUGCGUUUCCUUAAAGCAAGAGAGUGGAAUGUUUCCAAAGCACAUAAAAUGUUGGUGGAUUGUCUGAACUGGAGGGUAACAAAUGAGAUUGACAAAAUAUUAUCGAAACCAAUAGUUCCUACCGAAUUGUACAGGGCAGUGCGUGAUUCACAGCACAUAGGAAUGUCAGGUUACUCAAAAGAGGGGCUGCCCAUCUUUGCUAUUGGUGUAGGGCUCAGCACGUUUGACAAAGCUUCUGUCAACUACUAUGUGCAGUCACAUAUUCAAAUAAAUGAAUAUAGAGAUCGUGUAGUUUUGCCUGCUGCAUCAAAGAAAUGUAAGAAACCAAUAACCACGUGUGUGAAGGUUUUGGAUAUGACAGGCCUGAAGCUUUCAGCAUUAAGCCAUAUAAAGUUAUUGACCAUCAUAUCUACAAUCGAUGACUUGAACUACCCUGAGAAGACAAAUGCGUAUUACAUUGUGAAUGUCCCAUACAUAUUUUCUGCAUGUUGGAAGGUUGUUAAGCCCCUUUUGCAGGAGAGGACAAGGAGAAAAGUGCAGGUGUUGUCAGGUUCUGGUCGAGAUGAAUUAUUGAAGAUAAUGGAUUUUGAAUCACUCCCACAUUUCUGUAGAAGAGAAGGCUCUGGAUCAUCUCGCCAGUCAGGGGAUAUCAGUUGUUUUUCCUUGGACCAUCCCUUUCAUCAACAGCUCUACAACUACAUCAAGCAGCAAUCCUUGAUCGGUGAACCUGCUGAACCAGUCAAGCAGGGUUCUUUUCAUGUGAAGGUGCCUGAGUCAGCAGACGCUGAAGGAACUGAGAUUGUCAAAACCAUAGAAUCCGAGUUGCACAAGAUAGAGAAUAGGAAUGGGCUAUCUGAGUCUGUAGACGCCCUCAGAAUCAAGGACAGCUGAAACUACAGAGCUCCACGCCGUCUCAAAUCUCAAAUGUUGUUGUCCAAACACAAUGCCACUGCUGUUAGAUGGGGAAAUACGGUUUUGUUCAUUAAUCGCAGUCAUAAAAUAUAAUGUACGUGAUAGUAGCUGCUCAUAUUAUCUCUUUGUGAGUUGCUAAUACGGUGUAUCUAAUCCGACAUUGGCUAUGCUAUCAGCUUGAAGCUGUCCCCAGCCAGAUGUGCUGUAGGAUUGUAUUGUAGGAUAAAUUGUAAUAUCUAGUUCCACUAUUUUAAGUUCAUAUUAAUUGCAUAUGGAACUCUUUCUGGGCUUCCAUCUGUUAAUGCUAAGACUACACUCUCUAGGAAUACAAAAUCUAUAAUUCCUGCGGUAAAAGUUUGCCACAGAGAUGAGAAUGAAAUUGUGUUGCACCUGUUGGAUUA